AACUGCUGUGGUCAAAGCUACAGGAGCUGUUUGAGUCAAAGUGUUUGAGAUCAGCUGAGGAUCAGAGUGCAGCAGGGCUGGAUGUGAGGAUGGGGCACUCUUUGCUCUGCAUGACGGGCUUAUUGUUGCUCGGUACUCUUUUCUACGUUAAUGCUGAAGUUCCCAAUAAGCCCACCGUGAUCCUCGAACCAUCCUGGCCUCAGAUACACAGCGGUGAGACAGUCACUGUCAGAUGUGAAGGAAGUCAGUCGCUGUUUGUAUGGAGAGAACACAAGUUAAUCAGACCGUCAACAUCUGAAUACAGAAUCAGCAGAGCUACUGAGUCUGACAGUGGAGGAUACAGCUGCUGCACCAUGAGUCUUUCAGUGUGCAGUGACAUCAUCACACUGACUGUAUCAUCAGAUAAACCCAGGCCCACACUGACAGCAGGAACAACAAUCAUACCAGUAGGGGGCAGUGUGACACUGACCUGCUCUGUGCAGAGCUCUGAUGGAUGGAAAUAUGAGUGGUUCAGACGAACCCAAACAACCUCUGAAGGUCAAAUCAGAGAUCAACAUAACAGAGAUAUCAGAGUAUCUCAAGGAGGAAUCUACAGCUGCAGAGGAACAAGAGGAAACCCAGUUUACUACACUGAUAUAAGUGAUGAUGUCACCAUUGAGAUAACCUUUUCCAAUAAAGUUGUUGUAAAACAACAACCCAACUGGCCUCAGAUAUUCAGAGGUGAGACGAUCACUCUGACAUGUGAGGUGCAGGAAGGAGGUGAAACCACUGAGUGGGAGUAUGAAUGGAGAGGACCCAGGACACCCACACAGUGGACACACAAUAAUGAUGUGACAUUCAGAGUUUCUGAGUCCAGCAGUGGAGACUACAUGUGUAAGAGUCGACGCAGAGAUGACUCAUAUUCUUCAACAGAGUGGAGUGAAGCCUUCACAUUGUCAGGAUCAAUUCCCAGUAAGCCCACUGUGACCCUGCAGCCAUCCUGGACUCAGAUAUACAGCGGUGAGACAGUCACUGUCAGAUGUGAGAUUCAGGGAGGUGAAGGAGCUCAGUGGACGUAUGAAUGGAGAGCAGCCAAGUUAAACACACCUCCAACAUCCAAUGAACACAGAAUCAUCAGAGCUACUGAGUCUGACAGUGGAGGAUACAGCUGCCGGGGCAGAAGGGACUAUUUCUUCUCAGAGUGGAGUGAUAUCAUCACACUGACUGUAUCAUCAAGUAAACCCAGAGCCACACUGACAGCACACAGUUCAAUCAUACCAGCAGGGGGCAGUGUGACACUGAGCUGCUCUGUGGAGGGCUCUGCUGGCUGGAAGUUUGACUGGUUCAGACGUGAUUCACAGUUUUCUGGAGCUCAGAAAAUAGGAGCUGGAACAUCAGAGCACACUAUCAGUAUUUCAGAAGGAGGCAUCUAUUACUGCAGAGGAGGGAGAGGAGAUCCAGUUUUCUCCACAGAGGACAGUGCUCCAGUUACAGUUCAGAAACAAGUUUUGGCUGCUGUGAAACUGCAGCACAGC